UCAGAGACACUCUGUUGGAGAUGUCUAAGGAGGAAGAUGACCUUGACCUCAGUGACAUCCCCCAAAAGUUUGACCUAUACCAAGAUGAAUCCAGAUCCAGUGACACAGCAGACUAUGGUGUACGAUCCUCAGAACCCAAUAUAUUCUGUAACAGACCCAGUCCUUCUGAGGGACCUCUGAAAAGAAAAAUUACCAAUCCUAUUGAAGAAGAACUGGAAGAUUACGACAACAUCAAGGAUGAAUUUUCCUCUCCUGUCCUUCAGAGAAAAAAAUUCAAAUCCUCAGAGACAAAAAAUGGUUUGGAAUAUGAUUCAGAUUCUGAAUCUGAAAAAAAUUAUAAUUUCAAAUCAGAGACACUGCUUCAACCUGGGAAAUCUUUCCUUGUGAAAGACACUAGUGGUGAACUUAGAAUUCCGGAUACUGACAUAUCAAGAAAGAGACACUCAGAUUUUUCUGAUGAAAAUUUUGACAAAUGUAACUUGUCUAAAAUUUUUAAGUUAUCACCAAAAGUGCCUGUGGAGGUUAAGAAUGAAAAGGUUGUAAAGAGAAGGACAGCUGAUGGAAAUGUUAAUCAAGAUAGCAGUGGUGCUGAAAAAUCUAAACUAAAGAGUUCCUCACCAAGGGCAGAUAAAUCCAAAAAGUACUCAAUCUCAAAAGAAGAUUUAAAUGUGGUGAGAGAAAUGUUUCCAGACAUUGAAGAAAAGAAGAUUAAGAAAAUCUUUUGUGAUUUACAACAAUUAAAUGGGGAUGAUGUCUUGGAGAGAGUGAUUGAAUAUAUUCUUACAACACAGGGAUCAUCUUCUUCAUCAUCACUGGGGGAAAAAACAUCCUCACAAGACGUACAAACUGCAAUGGGGAAUCCUCGUCCAAAUCUCCUGAAACAAGAAUCAAGUUCAUCAGCUUCUGGACAGUCAGAAGACCUGCCCAUUAUACAUCCUAGAAAAAAAAAUUGGAAGAAAGGGUCAUCUGCCGCAAGCAGCAAAGGAAAGGCACCAGCAGAGAAAAUCAAAAGAGAGCAGGUGUCUCUUUGUGAAUCUGAUGUUAAUAUGAUGGAAACAGGGGGCUAUGAUGAUAACAACAGUGAUUCCUCAGGCAGUGAUGUCAUAGUGCUUACUCCAACAAUCGAGAAACACCCUGUCAGCUUUGCAGAGGUGUCUUCCUCACAGUUGAAGUGUGAUGCAUGUAACACAAGUCAUGACACAACAUCCCUUAGUCAAUGCUGUAAUGAUCAUCUUGUCUGUAAAUCUUGUGUUGAAAGACAGGUCAAGAAAGUUAUCUCCCCUGACAAUCAAGAGACACAGAUCCCCUGUCCCACGAAUGGUUGUGAAACAUACAUUCCUGAAAGCCAAGCAUCUAAAGUAUUACCAUCAUUGAUCAUGGAACUUUUGGAAGAAAAAGUGAACAAGAAGGCAAUGGAGUCAAUUACAAAAAUGGAGGAUUUGCACAGCUGUCCAUUUUGCGAGUUUCCUGUUGCUGUUGACCAUGGAUUAAAGAAAUUUUUAUGCCCCAACCCAGAUUGUGUAAAAUUAAGCUGUAAAUACUGUAAGAAGUUAUGGAACGAGAAAGACCAUAAAUCUUGCACUGCUUUCAUGAGUUUGUCAGAAGAAAGUAAAGAACACCUAGAACUACCCAGAUACUGGCACCCAAUGCCAGACGAACAGCAGGAUUUUAUCCUAGUUGAGUUAGAUAGAGAUGGAAGGGAGUUUACUCUGAUUAAAGAUUUAUUCUGUUCAUCCAUGCGUCACAUUCUUCCAAUAUCCAUACACAGAGUUCAAAAUCCAAGGCUGUGGCAAAAAUUCAGUCUGGCAAGAAAGCAUAUUUCAGAGGAGUUUGGUCAAAAUUUGGUAAAUGAGCAGCAGUUAUUUCAUGGCACAAAGUGUGAGGCUAUAGAAGCCAUAUGUAGAUAUGGGCUGGACUGGAGAAUGUGUGGUGAAAAUGGGGUGGCCUUUGGACAGGGAACAUAUUUUGCUAAAAAUGCACAGUACUCAGACGGAUACUGCCAACAUUACACUGGUCAGCUAGGUAACCCUUAUCAACCAUCAGGAUUCAGUUUCAGUUCUGGUUUUGGACCUCCUCCUCCUCCAGCUCACUUCACUCUCGCUGCAUGGCAACAUUCAACUGGAGCUGGUACUAUACCUUUUGUCAUGUUACAAGGAACAGGUGGACAGCAACCCUCUUUAGGUGCCCCUACUGGUGUCAGCGGAAUUCCUCAAACCCAAACUGCACUCAGUGGAAUAGGAGGCCAGACUGGCUUUGGCACAAUCACUUACGGAACUCCCUUUGGCACAAGCCAGACUGUCCAAACUUCUAGUGAUUCCAAGUCCUCUGCAGCUCAAGAAAUCCCUAAAGUGACCUCUGAUAUCAAACAGAUACUGAGAGUGAGACACAAGUACAUGUUUGUGGCCCGUGUUUUAGUUGGACGACCAGGGCAGGGAAGACCUGGAAUGAGAAAACCACCAGAAGAUCCUGCCGAUCCCAAAGGGAGACCAUUCAAUUCAUGUGUUAACACUCCACAAAAACCCAGUAUAUUUGUGAUAUUUGACAGUACUCAGUGUUAUCCAGAAUAUAUCAUUGAAUAUGUCCAUCUUAACUCAAAUAGGUAGUAUUUCUUUUAGAGAGAGGAUUAAAAAAAAAACUGUUGUUAGGGUGCUGAUUUUUUUAUCAUUAUGCCAAUAAGUUCAAUUUGUGAUGUAUUAACUUACAAUAUUCAUGUUACACAGUUAGUGAUGUUAGUUAACCAAUAAAAAAAUACAUGUAUUAAAAA